AUGGACAGGUGGCUCAGAAAAAGACACCGAGAAACUGUUGAAGAACAUGACCCCAGCUACAGUCCGUAUACCAGACCACCUGACCGGGACCGACGGCUCUGCCAAGCCGGAGACGGGGGCCACAUUCAGCUGCUGCGCCGGGAAAACGCUAACUACGCGGCACCAUUUACUGCAACGUUUGAAGCUGGAAACGGAAAACUACCCCCUUUUUCUACUUUUUUUGACAAAGGCCUUCAUCAAGGUGUAUCAGCCAAGAGCACCGGGACACAGGUCACUGCAGCUCUAGUCCACCUUACCCCAACAUCACCUGGUCUCGAAGGUCCAGUCAUCAAUUUUACUAUUCAGCCAACAGAGGAAGAUCUGAAGCAGAUGCAGACUGGCCAGGACAAGAAUGGACACAUUAAACGGCCGAUGAAUGCCUUUAUGGUGUGGGCUCGUAUCCACCGAGCUGCCUUGCACGAAGCCUUCCCCGAAGCCAGCAUGACAGACAUCAGUAUUCAGCUGGGCUGUGAGUGGUCCAGACUGAGUCAGGAACAAAAGAGGCCCUACUUUGAAAUGUCUGACAAAUUGAAACACAUCCACAGAAAGCAAUUCCCUGAUUAUGAGUUUCGGCCUCUGAAGAAGAAAGACAGAGAGAGUUUGACCUCAGAGCAAGAAGCAGGACAGGAAGCAGGACAGAAAGCAGGACAGAGAGCAGGACCAGAAGGAGGACAGGACCGUGACAUUUCCUUUUUUGUCCCACAAGCCAUGCCUCCAGCUCAGUCUGAGUUGCUGGGAGUACCCAUGUACCCAUGUCUCACCAUGAUGCCCUACGCAGUGGGCUACUAUCCCUACCCAUCUAUUUGUCCAUAUCAUCCAAUGGGUCCACACUCCAGGGUCCAGAUCCACUCGUCAAGGUGCCAAAAUGCCAGCGGCUCUCUACAGGGAGCGACGAAUGACCACAACCUGCAGAGGGGAGAGACCACUCUGAGCACCCUCACCAGGGAAUUCAUGCAGUCGGAGCAUCAGCCAGCUGAAGUCCUCAUUAGAUCCACCAUGACAUUAGAGAGCCUUGGACAGCCUGAUACUGGCGCCAGUCAGCAGUUUUCAGCUAACCACAAUGUGGAAAUUAAAUGUGAGGAUGACGUUGACGUCGUGGGACUGCUCUAG